UCUGAUCCGGCCUACAGGAUUAAACGGGUGAGAGGAGGCCAUCCUGCCCUCACAAUCCUCACAUCACAGACAGACCGCUGACAGUUCAGCAGCUCCACAGAGGCUUGUGUUUGUGGAGAUGGGUCUGCGCUGGCUGUGGAGGCACCGGGUGAGCGCUUUACUGCUGGUGUUAGCGCUCUUACUGCUCCUCACGCUCCUGGCCACACACUCACUACAGACCAACAGAACCUAUGAACUGAGACCUACAGCAGACAGAAGGAACCAGAGAAGAGCUGCUGGGAAACACACAUCACCACUCACUCCAAACACACACCAACCGCCCAAACACACACCGACAGCCAGAGCCGAGUGGCAGAGAGCACAUCCACCCAUGGUCUUCCUGAAAACACACCGGACCGGCAGCAGCACCGUGCAGAACAUCCUGUUUCGACUCGGGGAACGAGAGGGCGCCACUUUUGCCUUUCCCUCCCGCACGUACCAGUUUAACUACCCAGACAGAUUCAGAGCGGCGUUUGUGGACGAGCUGCCUGAGGGUUCAUCUCAGUUCAACUUGCUUUGCAGUCACAUGCGUUUGGACCUGAGGGAGGUGAGGAAGGUUAUGCCCCAGAACACGGUCUUCAUCACGCUGUUGCGAGACCCGAUCAAGACCUUCGAGUCGGUCUUCGGGUACUACACCUCCAUCAUUCCAGCGUUCUUCAGUGCGCACCGAGCCACCGCCAACAAAGGCAAAUCUGCACUCUCCGUGUUCCUGGACUCUCCAGAAACCUUUUGGGACCCGAAGGAACCUGGGAAUGGUCUUGCCAAGAACCCAAUGAGCUUUGACAUGGGGCUCAACAACCAGAAGUGGAACGGCUCCUGGCCGGAGGACUUGGCUCAGCUGGAGGAAGCGUUUCACUUGGUGAUGAUCGCAGAGCACUUCGACGAGUCCCUGGUUCUCCUGGGAGCUCUUCUCGGACUGGAGCACGCGGAUGUGGCUUACCUUCGGCUUAACGCUCGCGCUGGCAACUGUGUGAUGGAGCUGGACGAGAACAUGCGGGAGAAAGUGCGAUCAUGGAACAUGCUGGACACACUGCUGUACGACUUCUUCGUGCAGGUGUUCUGGGAGAAGGCGGCUCAGUUCGGGUUGGAGAGGUUGAAAGCGGAGGCGGCGCGGCUCAGGGCCUCUACAGAGAAAAUACAACAGAAAUGCGUGUCCAGGGCUGAGGUUCCGCCGGGAGAGCUGGAGGACUUGCUCCGCCCAUGGCAGACGGAGACGGCCACUAUCAUGGGAUACGAGGUGCGAGGGAACCUGUCGCUGCAGGAUCAGGGGUUUUGUGUUCGGAUGAUGCUUCCCGAGCUUCAGUAUCACUCGCACUUCAAGCAGUACGGUAGAGAUAUGAGAGCCACUCCAGCUGACUGAAACCUGAAAUGGACCUAGUGGGACUCACAAGAGUCGAAGGCCUGAUCUUGGCCAAAGGGACUCUUGACAGAACAAGUCUGGUGGAAGUCUUGUUCCAAGAUGGAACAACUGCACCAUCUAAAAACAAGCCUGAAUAAAACAGGAGAGAAACACUCCUUCCCCGAAAGUUGGUCCACAUCAGUGGUUCCCAUCCCAUGUCCUGUAGAACCCCAAACAGCACACAUUUUGUAUGUUUCUCUCAUCU